GUUCUUAGUGGAAAGAGGAAAGAGACGUGUCGGUUAAGUUGGGCGCCAGAGCUCCGCGUGGUCGCUUACUUGUCACUUCGUUAUUUUAGAGGAAGGAUCUACGAUCUAAGGAUAGAAAGGACAAUGGCACUGUUUCGUUUUAGUUCCAAGCGAUGUCUUGAAUUACAGAAAUUGACCACCAGCACCGUUACGAAUUCUGUGGCCGUUCGAUCGCUAUCCGAUGCUUCGACCGAUCUGAAAAAAGUCUUGACGGAGAAAAUACCUAAGGAGCAAGAACGCGUAAAGGCCUUUCGCAAGAACCAUGGCUCUACCAAAGUUGGAGAAGUCACCGUCGAUAUGAUGUACGGUGGCAUGCGUGGUAUUAAAGGAUUAGUUUGGGAACCAUCAGUACUCGAUCCCGAAGAAGGUAUCAGAUUUCGUGGCAAAUCCAUUCCUGAAUGUCAGAAGCUUCUUCCGAAAGCUUCCGGAGGGGCGGAACCUCUACCGGAAGGUCUUUUUUGGCUACUGAUAACUGGAGAUGUUCCAACGGACGCGCAAGUCAAAGCGAUCUCGCAGGAGUGGGCCGCGCGAAGUGCCCUGCCGAAGCACGUGGUUACGGCCUUGAACGGUUUUCCUAAGAGCUUGCAUCCUAUGACCCAGUUUUCGGCAGCUAUCACCAUCUUGAAUAGCGAGAGCGAAUUCGUUAAAGCGUACAACAAGGGCGUACAUAAAAGCAAAUAUUGGGAAACCAUCUACGAGGAUUCGAUGAAUCUAAUAGCCAAAUUGCCCGUCGUUGCCGCCACGAUCUAUCGAAAUAUUUACAAAGAUGGCAAGGGUUUGGGCUCUGUUGAUUCGGGCAAAGAUUGGUCCUGGAAUUUCGCCAACAUGCUUGGCUACGACAAUUCUCAGUUUAUAGAACUCAUGAGGCUUUAUCUAACCAUUCAUUCCGAUCACGAGGGUGGCAACGUUUCGGCCCAUACCACUCAUUUGGUAGGCUCAGCAUUGUCCGAUCCUUAUCUAUCCUUUGCCGCGGGAAUGAAUGGUUUGGCCGGACCGCUUCACGGUUUGGCAAAUCAAGAGGUCUUGGUAUGGUUGGAAAAAUUACGUUCCCAAGUAGGAGACAAUCCGAGCGACGAAAAGCUCAAGGAUUUCAUUUGGAAUACUCUAAAAAGUGGCCAAGUGGUACCUGGUUAUGGUCACGCUGUCCUCAGAAAAACCGAUCCAAGGUAUACUUGCCAAAGGGAAUUUGCUCUAAAACACUUGCCCGACGAUGCUCUCUUUAAGUUGGUCGCGCAAGUCUAUAAAGUUGUACCUCCUAUUCUCUUGGAAACCGGAAAAGUGAAGAACCCAUGGCCGAAUGUAGACGCUCAUUCGGGAGUCUUAUUGCAAUACUAUGGUAUGAAGGAAAUGAACUAUUACACCGUUCUAUUCGGAGUAUCACGCGCCCUAGGUGUACUUGCAUCCUUGGUUUGGGAUCGUGCUCUUGGAUUGCCCAUAGAAAGGCCCAAAUCUUUAAGUACCGAUCUACUAAUGAAGGCCGUUAAAGCAUAAAAUGGAGAUCAAUGUUUGCGCGCAACGUUUCAGUAUCAUUAAAACCACCAAAUCAUAUUUGCGCCGACUGCAAACAAUCGUUGUCGGCAUUUACGAUUCAUAUCGGCGAGUACAAGAGACAAUAAGCUCUACGUUGAGCUCAUUAUCAAUGUAAAUUUUACUUCGGUAAGACCUUCGAGGAAGGAGAAUCGUCUUGCGUUAUUUUCCAAUACUCGCGUCUUAAAAGAAAACGUAGUUUCAUUGGAAUGUAACAUCACACAACUGCCAAAUAUUACAGAAAAAUAUUCGAGAUAGCAGUCUUGAGAGAAAAAGAAAGAGAAAGAGAGAGAGAGAGAGCGAGCGAGAGCGAGAGCGAGAGCGAGAGAGUAAAUAAUGUAUUCGUGUAAACACAAUUGCAAAAACUUGAUUUAUUAUUUGCGCGAUCAAAUAAGGAAUAAAAGGCGAUAAAGCAAUAUCAAAGGAUCAUCCCCUAAUGUUAAAAACAGUUGAUAAUUAGAUUACAACAUGGUAGUGUAUACCACUUAAAAAACAUCAUUUUUAUCUACCGAUUAUUUAAUUAACACUGCCCACAAUUCUGCGCGAUUUAAUUUUUUUCAAUUGCCCCCCCCCCCUUAAUUGGUAGCAAAAUAGUUUCAUUGACUCCUCCUUUCAAUGAAAAUAAAUAAAUAAAAAAAUAUUGUAGGUACGUUAGUUAGCGCCAAUGGCAAAUGCGUGUAUAUGCACGGUGCUACACGUGUCGCUACACAUGUCGUUACAAUAUCCAAACUAUUAGAUCAUAUUAGAUGACUCACUCAGGAAGUUCACGUCACUAUGUCGCGAUUCCUCCCCUCACCUAAUUAAAUAUACAUCCGUAACAGGAAACACUUACAAGGCUAACUAAAUACUUAAUUAAAUACCGUUCAAAGUGCUUUCUAUAGCACUGGUUGUUGGUUUUAGAUUUUCUCGAAUAUAUUAAUAAAAUAAUUCGGUCUUAUACCGAAUCAAUAAGAAACAUGCGUAAAUUAAGAAGGAUGACCAGUGGUAGAUCCACUGUUAUAUGAGAAUGUAUGAGUGUGUGCGAUUCUUUAUUUAUAAUAAACAUGAAAAUAAAUAGAUAUUUAAAAAUAAUA